AUGUCUUGGGCGCGGUGGCAAAGGUUCACCUUCAUCGACAACCCAAAGACUCCAGUAUCCCCAGUGCAAGCCCGGGCGCGCAGCUGCCCACCAAGUGCCAGGCGUCGCCACUCCACGGACGUGGACAUGCCCACGGACGUGCACCCAGAGAAGCAUCUCGCGUGCGAGCGCGUGGGCAGGUUGAAUCCGAAGCUGGGGGAUACCAACUUCACCGAGACAGGUCGUUCGAAGGCAGCCGGUUGUUUCCGCACUGACGCCUGCCUGGCAUCCACGACGGCACCUGAUCCCGAGGAGGAAUUUGGAGGGUUCUCCAAGUGCAGCAUUUCCCUGGACAAGCGUGUGUGGCCGAGUUACGGCACACUGGGGCACCCGGACGUGUGCGGACGCCCCUGCAUCUUCGUCCUGAAUGGGAGCUGUGAGAGAGGCGCCGCCUGUGCCUGUUGCCAUCGCUGCAAUUUUCGCCUGGGGGGCGUGGCCAGAUGA